AUGAUGAGGAACCUGGUGCUGGUGUGUGUGCUGGCGUGCGCGGCGAGUGCGGGACACGUGCGCGAGAAGCGAGGGUUCCUGCACGGACACCACGGACACCACGGGCACGGCGCCGCCGCCAAUGCUGUGCGCUACUCAGCUCCUGCUGUGAACUACUCGGUCCCCGCUGUCAGCUCCCCUGCCCCCGCCGUCAGUCACGCGGCGCCAGCGGUCAGCUACUCCACCCCAGCAAUAACCUACUCGUCUCUGGGUUCAAGUUACUCGGCAACUAGUAAUUCGGUCCCAGCUGUUGGCUACUCUGCACCCGCAGUGAGCUACUCCACUCCUGCUGCAAGUUACUCUUCUACCGUCUCAAGUUACUCAGCACCGGCCAUCAGUUACUCAGCGCCGGCCAUCAGUUACUCGGCACCCGCUGUCAGUUAUUCGGCACCCAUUGUCAGUCAUUUGGCACCAGCUAUCAGCCACUCGGCACCUUCUGUUAGCUACUCUUCUCCCUCCGUGAGAUACGCGCCUUUGGCUACGAGUUACUCGGCACCAGCUGUCAGUUCCUCUGUAUCCGCGGUUCACUACUCAACCCCCGCUGUUACCUACUCGACGCCGUCUGUUAUAUACUCCGCUCCUGCAACGAGGUACGCACCUCUGGCUCCAAGUUACACAGCGGUUCGGUUUUCUAAACCCACUGUGAGGCAGUCUUCGCCAGCUGUCAGCUACUCUUUUCCUUCCAUAAGCUACAGUGCUUCUGUAGCGAGAUACGCUACCAGUUACUCUGCAUCAGCUGUGAGGCACUCUGCACCUGCUAUCAGCGUCUCGGCGCCCGCUGUCAGUUACUCUUCUCCUUCCAUAAGCUAUAGUGCUCCUGUAGCGAGAUACGCCACAAGUUAUACAGUGCCAGCUGUCAGGCAUUCUGCGCCGGCUGUCAGCUACUCGUCACCUGCCGUCAGCUACUCUUCUCCUUCCAAAAGCUACAGUGCUCCUGUAGGGAGGUACGCUACCAGUUACUUUGCACCAGCUUUGAGCCACUCUUCACCAGCUGUCAGCUACUCUUCACUGGCUGUCAGCAACUCGGUACCCGCUGUCAGUUAUUCUUCUCCUUCCAUAAGCUACAGUGCUCCUGUAGCAAGAUAUGCUACAAGUUACACAGUGCCAGCUGUCAGGCACUCUGCACCAGCUGUCAGCUACUCUUCUCCCUCGGUGAGAUAUGCGCCGCUGACAACGAGUUACUCUGCACCCGCUGUGAGGUACUCAACACCCGCUGUCAGCUACUCUUCUCCGGCUGUUAGUUACUCGACUUCCACUGUGAGUACCUCGUCGCCCGUGGUUCGCUACUCAGUGCCAUCCGUCAGCCAGUCAGCGGCCGCGGUCAGGCACUCAGCGCCUAUCGUCAGGUACUCGAAGCCUACUGUGAGCUACUCUAGCCCGGCCGUUAGUAAUUCGGCAUCAGCUAUUAGUUCCUCGGCGCCCUCUGCGAGCUACUUGCCAGACGUGAGCCAGUCCGUGCCUGUGAGGCAUGCAGCCGCGGCGGCGAGCUACUGGCCCAGCAGCACCGCGCCGUGGCUGGCGGUGCCGGUGCGGCGCGCACACUCGGUCGCCGCGCAGCACGGCGCCGCAUACGCCAGCGCCUGGUGAAUGCAACUCGUAUUUAU